AUGGCUGCGUGGGUUUGCACUGUGCCCGCUGAUGAUGUAGCUGACAAUGGCAGGAACAUACUCGAAAUUCCCUUCCAUAAGAGUCACGCGGUCGAUCUGUCCUCAGCCAUCAAGUCGUACAUCGCAAAGCACUAUGAGCAGUCACCCUCCACUUUCAAUGAUCAACUCCGAGCGAUAGAUCAGUUGCGAGACAGCGCGAUCAACGUCCUUGAACCACAUGUAUCUGGCCUCGCCAAACUGCAGCGCUAUAUUGCGCAAUUGCAGUACAUCUCUGGCAAGUUUCCGGUCGAGAUUGGUGUGGAAUUUCCGUGGUAUCCUUCGAUAGGCUACAACACUACCAAAGCAGUACUCCAGAACAGCCUAAGAUAUGAGCUGGCCAACGUGCUCUUUAACCUUGCCGCCCUCUACACCCAGCUAGCCUUUGCCCUUAACCGAACAACCCCAGAAGGAUUGAAGCAAGCAGCCGGCUAUGGCAUGGCGGCAGCAGGUACCCUGGCGUACCUGCGCAAGGAGGUGAUUCCCGAGCUGAUUGGUACAUUGCCUGAGGAUAUGGAAGCAAACACACUCGAAAGUCUGGAAUAUCUGUGUCUCGCGCAGGCUCAAGAGGCAUUCUGGCAAAAGGCCGUCAAGGACUCAAUGAGAGACGGCACGAUCGCAAGGCUUGCUGCAAAGGUUUCUGAUCUCUACUCGGCCGCAGACGAUGCAGCGGUCAAGUCGGAAGCUGUCUCGGCAGAAUGGAUCCACCACUUCAGAGCUAAGCACCACCACUUUGCAGCCGCUGCUCAGUAUCGCGCUUCUAGGGACUGCUUGGAGAAGAGAAAGUAUGGUGAGGAGGUCGCUCGACUUCGUGACAGCAUCAAGUGCGUCGACGAGGCUCUCACUCAGCAGCGAUGGAUCAACAAAACUGUCAUGGCAGAUUUGCAAGGUCUCAAGACGAGAGUGGCCGAGGAGCUGAAGCGGGCCGAAAAGGAUAACGAUGUUAUCUACCUGCUCCCUGUUCCUUCGAAGUCAGAACUCAGCCUGAUCGACAGAGCCAGCAUGGUCUCAUCCAAGACUCCGAAAGAGGUAUCGGAUGCCAUCUCCCUGCUUGGACCAAAUCAACCGUUCGGAAGUCCAUUGUUCGAACAGCUGGUCCCUUAUGCCGUACACGAAGCGGCCUCGAUAUAUGCAGAUCGCCGCGACAGACUGGUCAAUCAAUCGAUCAUUGCUGACAUCGACACCUUGACCGCCCAAAUACGAGACAAAUUACAAUCUCUGAAUUUGCCCGGCGCUCUUCAAGCUCUGGAGAAGCCACUGGGACUCCCCUCAUCGCUGCUAUCGAAAGCUGAGGAACUUCGUCAGCAGGAUGCGCUUAAUCGGUUGAAAGGGUCAAUCGACGACACAUCACGUAUCAAGACCAAUGAUCUCGCCAUUUACCAGGAAGGGCUAGCCUUACUUGACAGCGAACGAGAGGAAGAUGACCGAGCUCGAGAGCGUUUCGGGACUGAGCGCUGGCGACGGCCGCCCUCCAAGGUAGCGCUUGCCAAGGUCUACCAAUCAUCUGUGGAGCUGCAAAACUACCUCAAUUCUGCCGCCUCUUCCGACAGCCUGGUACAAAGCAAGAUCCGAGAUAAUGAGCAUAUAUUCCGCAUAAUGACAGGGUCUAAUCGCGAUAUCGAAGCGCAUAUCCCUUCAUCGCGCAAUGUGACGCUGACACCAGAAAUCGAAAAUGCUGCGGCCACUCUGCGAGCAGCAAUCAACGAACUUACUAGGCUUGAGCAUCGGAGGAAGCGGAAGAUUGAAGCAUUGAGGUCGAAAGCAGCCAACGACGACAUUAGCUCGGCCCUUCUGAAGGAAGCCUCACGUCUAGAGCGUGAGUAUCCCAUGCAGCCUAUCUCUCACGUGCAAUUUGAGAGCCUCUUUGAGCGUCGUCUGGGGGAGUAUGCGAAGGAGCGAGAAAGCCUGACCUCCGAGCAAGAAGAGCAAGACGGGCUGAUCGCUGAACUCGAGGAUGCGAACAGCAAGUUCCUCGCAGCACGGCAAGCUGAGUCCACAUCAACCUCUGGACCCGUCAAGGCUCGCGAAAGAGCCUUGCAAGAGCUUGAAACCGCGUACCUCAAGUACAAAGAAAUCAUCAACAAUCUCGAUACUGGCCGGCGCUUCUACAACGACCUCGCGAGCCAUGUCCACCGUUUCCGGGACCAGUGUCAGAAGCAAGUCGCAAGCAGACGCGUCGAAAAGAGCGAGAUGGAAUCCGAGCUAAUCAGUGGCGAAGUUGGAAGGCUAAAACUUGAAGAGACACGGCGAGAGCUGCGCAGCGAACGAGCGAGACAGCAGCAUAAGGAAUGCAAUGCUGCCAGCAAUGGGCUGGGUGGGCAGGACCCCAUUCCUGCUCCAAAGCCAACUCAUCCUCCAUCCACGCCAGCAGUCGCGAAGGCGGGCACUCCGAUUGUCUCUGGCGAUGUCGUAGGAGGGACGUGGAAUCCGGCGAUGGGCAUUCGCUUUGGAGGCCCUCCGAGUCAGGCUCCUGGGUCGGCCGGAUACCCUCAACCACGGCGACCGGGAUGA